AUGGCAAAGGAGCUCGAGAAGGGCGAGAAGGGCAUCGGCGACGGCUCGUGCUCCUACGGCCUCGAGGACGGCGACGACAUCCUCAUGAGCCAGUGGAACGGUACCAUCAUCGGCCCCGGCCACACGGUGCACGAGAACCGCAUCUACAGCCUCAGGAUCGUCUGCGGCGCGACCUACCCCGAGCAGCCUCCCCUCGUCCAGUUCGUCUCGCGCGUCAACCUCCCCUUCGUCAACCAAACGGACGGCAAGGUCGAUCCCUCCAAGCUCCCCAUCCUCGCCCACUGGUCCAGCACCAGCAGCAUCGAGACCGUCCUCGUCGAGAUCCGCCGGGAGAUGGCAUCGUUCAACAAUCGCAAGCUGCCUCAGCCUCCGGAAGGGAGCAACUUCUGA